UGCUGAACCCCUGUCAGGGUGUCUGCAGUCACCUGUGUUUGCUGCGGCCGGGUGGAUACACCUGUGCCUGUCCGCAGGGCUCCACACUGCUCGCCUUCAACAAGAAUGAAUGCGAUGCCGGUGUCCAUACGGUUACUCGGGUAGUUACUGUGAAAUGGGGAAGUCUAGAGGUGCUCCUGCAGGAACAGCUGUGACCGUCCUGUUAGCAGUGGUUAUUAUUCUGAUUACUGGAGCUCUGGUUGUGGGAGUUUUCCUCAACUACAAGCGCACCGGCUCUCUCAUCCCGUCAAUGCCUAAACUACCCAGUCUGAGCAGCCUGGUGAAGUCGGCAGACACAGGAAAUGGAGUGUCGUUUCGUUCAGGUGACAAUGUGACGAUGGACCUGGAGCCUCAGACUCUGGGAGUGUCCUUCAUCGACAGGGCCAUGCAGCUGGAUGAGAAUUUUGCAGACUCUGGCAGGCAGCCAAUCACAUUCGAGAAUCCUCUUUACUCGACUGCAGCCGGCCCAUCCAGCGAUCCAGCAGUAAUACACGCUACACAGGUCACUGUGAACGUCAGCAGUGACCAGGUGGAGAAUAACUUCUCAAACCCUACGUUUAACGCUCAUGAACACGCAGUGGAGGUGAAGAGCACACCUGCAGAGCAAACAACCACACAGGAGUCCAAAUGGAGUUUCUUUAAAAGAAAACUGAUGCCAAGCACAACAUUCGAAAACCCUACAUAUUCAGAGAUGCAGGAUGAGCAGAAUCAUGGAGCUGCAGACGCCAGCGCUUCAUCACAGCCGUCUCCUUUCGUUCCUCCUCCCAAACCCCAGAAACGAGAGAAACUGAGCGCCUAUUCACCGACAGAGGACACCUUCACAGACACGGCCAACCUGGUUAAAGAGGACAGUGAAAUAUGACCAUCACACGGGAAAAUACAAAGAAAAACUCCCUUUGCACAGAAUCUAUUUUUAUAAGCAGCCUGCAUAUGACAGAAAUCAAUUUAAGAUUAUUUUUGAAACAAAUAAAAAAAAAGUAUAGAUGAGAAUAGAUUAAAUGUUUGUAUAGCCUACAGAAAAGAGACUUUGCCUUCUGAUACUUUGUAUGCCAAUUCAUGUUGUAUGAUUCUUUUUGUAUUAUUAUUGUGAUGUCAUAUUUGUAUAUCUUUGCACUGAUGCUGCUGAAGGAGAAUGUUAUGAAUAUUUUGUACAUUUGUAAAUUGAAAAGAUUUUGUUUGAUGAUAUCUUCUGGUCAGAUGUUAUUUUAAAAAUUGAUUAUCACUUAUUCCUGGAGAUUCGCGCACACACACACACAUAUGCCAACGAUACUGAGUAAAAGUGCUUUGAGAGCCAGCUGAGACUUUGACAUUUGAUCUGAUUAUUCAUAAAGGAAUAGUUCACCCAAAAAUUACAAUUCACCCUUUAGGACAUCCAAGAUGUAGAUGAGUUUGUUUCUUCAUCAGAACAGAUUUGGAGAAAUGUAGCAUUACAUCACUUGCUCACCAAUG